AUGGAAUUGGAUGACGACGAUUGGAGUUUAAGCGCUGAAGAAUUCGAUUCCCUUGAAAGAGACGCUCUGCAGAAGAUAGCAUCUCAGCAGCAACACCAUCACCAACCUUGCCCUUCUGCUGCUGCUUCUUCUUUCAAUCAACAACAAAGCCAACAAUUACAUUUUAACGACAAACCCAUCUUUAAUUCUCCUUCUAAAAAGAUAGAUUGUUUGCCUCCUGCCCUGCCCAAAUCAUCGCCGGUAUCAAAACCAAAGGCUGAAGUUGAAAGUUCCAAGGCAUUGCCAAAGCUCUCAGUCAAAUUUAUACUUCAUGCUACUGGAAACAUUGCCGCAAAAUUCACAUAUGACCCCGUACUAGUAGGUGCUCUCCGCAAGGUCCCUAAAGCCACUUGGAAUGCAAAAGAAAGGUUGUGGAUUUUCCCAGUGUCUUCUUUGCUGUCAGCAGAAAAGAUUCUCAGUGAAAUACCUGGUUUUAAUGUUGAGGUAGAAAAGUUAGACGCCUUAGUUCAACGUGCUAUUGCUGCGGUGUCUGCUGCUCCAGAUCUUCGAGACUGGUAUGACAGGAUACCGGACCAUAUUGAAUCAAAGCUUAUGCCUUUUCAGCGGGAUGGUGUUAGGUUUGUUUUACAACAUGGUGGGCGCGCACUCCUAGCAGAUGAAAUGGGACUGGGAAAGACUUUACAGGCCAUUGCUGUAACAGCAUGUGUUCGUGAUUCCUGGCCUGUUCUUAUACUUGCACCCUCUUCCUUGCGUUUGCAUUGGGCUUCAAUGAUUCACGAAUGGCUUGAAAUUCCUUCAUCAGAUAUACUUGUUGUUUUAUCGCAAUCGAGUGGAUCUAACAGAGCUGGAUUCAAUUUAGUAUCAAGUUCCAGGAGCACUAUUCAUCUUGAUGGCUUAUUUAACAUCAUCUCUUACGAUGUGGUUCCUAAGUUGCAGAAUAAAUUAGUGGCAUCAGAGUUUAAGGUUGUGAUUGCAGAUGAGUCACACUUCCUGAAAAAUGCUCAAGCGAAGAGGACAACCGCCUCCCUUCCUGUUAUAAAGAAAGCUCAAUAUGCAUUAUUGCUCAGUGGAACCCCUGCUUUAUCCAGACCAAUAGAGCUUUUUAAGCAGUUGGAAGCCUUGUAUCCUGAUGUAUACAAGAAUGUUCAUGAAUAUGGUAACCGGUAUUGCAAGGGGGGAAUAUUUGGAGUUUAUCAAGGUGCAAGUAACCAUGAAGAAUUGCACAACUUAAUGAAGGCAACAGUGAUGAUACGAAGGCUUAAAAAGGAUGUCCUUUCUGAGCUUCCUGUGAAACGACGGCAACAGGAGAUUUUGCGUAAGGUAUUCCUUGAUUUGCCUGAAAAGGGCAUGAAACAAAUCAAUGCUUUAUUCCGUGAGUUGGAGGUGGUAAAAGGAAAAAUUAAGGCAUGCACAUCAGAAGAGGAGGUUGGAUCGCUGAAAUUUACUGAGAAGAAUCUUAUUAACAAGAUAUAUACUGAUUCUGCUGAAGCCAAGAUACCUGGGGUUCUAGAUUAUCUGGGAACUGUCAUCGAGGAAGGUAGUUGUCCUUCCUUGUGCUUUCAGUUUGAUCAUAAUCAUGCUCAAGUCAGAUUCACUAAAAAGAAAGUGGGUUGCAUCCGAAUUGAUGGCAAAACUGCUGCUGCUUCAAGGCAAGCGUUGGUUACUGAGUUCCAGGAAAAGGAUGCUAUCAAGGCAGCAGUGCUAUCUAUCAGAGCUGCAGGCGUUGGGUUAACUUUAACAGCUGCAAGUACUGUUAUUUUUGCGGAGUUGUCUUGGACACCAGGUGACCUAAUUCAAGCAGAAGACCGUGUUCACAGGAUUGGUCAGGUUUCUGCUGUCAAUAUAUAUUACCUGCUAGCCAAUGACACAGUUGAUGACAUCAUUUGGGAUGUUGUUCAGAGCAAAUUGGAAAAUUUGGGACAGAUGCUCGAUGGGCAAGAGAAAACCUUGGAAGUUUCAGCCAGCCAGAAGAGAAGCAGCCCUGCAAAGCAGAGAACACUAGAUACUUACAUGAGGCGAUGUAGCAAUUUGGAUGAGACUGAACAUCAGCCUAAGCUCAAAUACCCCAGGCACUGA